AUGGAGGAGAUAGAGCUACAUAUUAUCAAAAAUGAGAUAAUAAAAAUAGGAGAUAAGCUAAUAGAUAGUGAUGACAUAUUUCAUUUGUGUAAAAGAAUACAGAGGAGCAGAAUAACGCAAUGCAUUGACGCCAUUUUGGAAUGCAUUUUUUACAUGCCAGUGAAGAUAGGAAUAUAUGCAACGAUAUUGGGAAUAAUAACGAAGGACGAUGAGAAGCUGAAGCUGCAGUUAUUCUUGAAGCUAAAUCAUAAUAUAGAAGUUUUUAUAAAGGACAACUCCCUGCACUGCCUAUUAUGGAUAAGGUGUAUAAUCGGUUUAAGCUGUUGCCACGUGUUUCCCUUUUCUCAAUGUUUAAAUUUAUUUAAAAAUCUGUACGAACUGUGCAUCGAGCUGUACAAGGAAAAGGAGUUCAUCAAGGGAGACAACAUUUUGUACUUAUUUUUAAGCAAUUUCUUUUACAUAUCCAAGCAGAUAUACGAUGAGAAUAAAGAGGACUUGGAUAGCAUGCUGACCAGCUGUUUCGAUUUAAUAGAAAAAAGACAAGAACAUAUUGAUAAUAUAGAUAUAGAUAAUAAUGACUUGGCGACCGUCGAGUAUAUUUACAUCUACAUUAACAGUGUUAUACAUAGUGACAAUUUUUACGAUAGGUUGUUUUAUUUGAAAAGUGCGCUGUACAAUUAUGUGCAGAAUAAUUUAAAGAGCGUAGCCACGCAUAGGUUCUAUCAGAAGGAAAUAUUUCAAAAUAUAUUUUUAAAGAAGGAAGGUUUGGAGGAUGGUUUACCUGGGGAGGAGCAGGAGUCAGAAGUUCAGAGGGUUGUUCUUUUGGAAAAUGGAGAUCACGUUGUGGGUGGCGUAGCGGAUAACGCUUCGCAGAACGAUUUGGGCAACUCGGGUAAGGACCCCUCUGGUGGGGCAUCACUACAAAAUUACAAGAAAAAAGAGAUAACCCUUCCAAUGGCCAUCGAAAAAUGCACAAAUGUAGAAUUUUUUGCGAACUACGAAUGCGCCCAGAGUAUCUUCAGUCUGCAAAUUAAGUUUAAGACAAAGCAUGCAGAUAGUAAAAACGUGCACGACGUGUGGUUAAUGCAAGAGCACAUUUUACACAUCAUCCAACUGUAUAACAAUAGCGUUGAAUUCAGCUCCAAAAUAUUAGGCCUGUACGUUCAGCUGCAGAGCAAAUUGUACAAUAAUGUGUUAAUAGAAUGUAUCAUCAACAAAUUGUUGUCCUCUUUUAACAAAAAAAAUUACUACUUUUAUAUAUCCCUCGUUCAUAGAUUAUUGUUAAUAAAUAAAAAUCUGGGGAGUGUAAUCAUCAGAUGUAUUAAAUUUGUUUUGAAACAAAUUGGGAAGCUGGACAACGAAUCUUUUUACCUCUUCAUGGAGCUCUGCCUCUACAUGCUGUCCUACUUUGCCUACGAGAAUAAAGUGCUGAAGAGCAAGGAGAACUUUUUUAAAAGGAAGUAUAACGACAUGAAUAAAAUUAUAAAGGUGCAGGAGGAGAACCUGCAGAAGAUGGGCCUCGAGAAGGGGGCGGAGGCCCAGGAGGGCGAGGAGCCCGCGCAGCUCAAGAGGAAGAGGAAGCGGGACGAGGGGGAACUGAGCGGGCAGCCUAGUGAGCAGCCCGGCGAGCAGCCAAAUGAAUACGCUAAUGAGCAGCCAGGCGAGCAGCCAAAUGAAUACGCUAAUGAGCAGCCAAGUGAAAUGCCCAAUGAAAUGCCCAGUGAAAACCCUAAUGAAAUGCCCAGUGAAAACCCUAAUGAAAUGCCCAAUGAACUGCCAAAUGAACCCCCCCACGGCGGAACCGGCGCAAAGAGAACCCCCGUCAUCCUGAAAAAAAACGAAAGCACGCUGAACGCGAUGAAGAACCUGGACUGCAAAUUGCCAUUCUGCAUUGAGGCAGACGUGAAGUACAGCUCAGAUGAGGAGGACGAUGGGGGAGGCAACGCAGAUGCGGAUAACGCGGAGAAAGCGGAAAAAGACGAAAGAGGCGAAAAAGACGAAAGGGACGAACGGGACGAAAAUGACGAAGAGGAAAGUGACGAUGAAGAGGAUGACCCAGAAAAUGACCAAACUGAUGGCAACAAACACAUUUUUGACGCCCAGAGUUUUAAGGAGGAGUUGGAAAAUCUAGACAUGGGAGAUAAUCUGAAAAAGUUCACCAAUUUAAUGUAUAGUGUGAAAAAAAAAUAUUGCCGAAAGUGGACUCGAAAUUUUUACUUUAAAUCAUGCUCCUUGAUAUAUAAAAACGAGUUAGAAAAUUUGAUUCCCAAAUCGGUUAUCACCUACUGCAACAGUUUUAAAUGUGAUGUGGAUCGUCAGCACGAAGGCUUUCACGAGUUUGCCAUUUUUACCUCCAUUUUGAAGUACUCCAUCGACGAGAUUAACAACAUAGAAGAUCAAUUUUAUGACAUGAGCAGAGAGGACGAUUAUAAUAACGAUGUUGAGCAGAAGGCUUUGGACAAAUUUAAAGAUUCGAUUAAUGCGUUUAUUCAAACGUUUUUUAAUUAUUUAAAUGAAAAAACGUGUUUGAAUAAAGUGCCCCAUUAUUUUGAUAACGUAGAAAAGAAUAUUCACCUGUUGGAUAACCUUUCAAGUACCAAUUUGGAUGGCGGCGUUUUUGACAGCUACAUUUUUCCAAGUGAUUUUACAGAUGGUGAAGAAUGUUGGAACAGUUACAGCAUUUUAAUUUUGUUUUUUAAGGCUCUCAUAUUUUUUGACUCUACAAAUGUUUCUUCUUUGAAGAAGACCUUCAAAAAUCACGCGGUCAUUUUUUCGAAUUAUAAAAAUUCGGGUGUACUUACAUCGGAGGAGGAAAGGCUCCAGUUCGAAAUGGAAUUGCUGUCCAUCGUGUACGCCUACUUUAACAACUCCAUUUUGCUGAACGCUGUUGUGGCGAUUUUGCUUGAGAACGAAAUUGUGCAGGAGUUGUCCGUCAUGCAUUUUAUUUUUGCGAAAUUGGAGGACUCCAGCUUGGACGAAUACUACGUGCUGAGACUGAUCUACGAAAGCAUAGACAACCUGAUCAUAAGGAAGGAAUGCACGGACGUGGAAAAGAGCAAGCUGAAGAGGAAGCAAACCAAGAACGAAAACGAAAUGUUAAUAAAAGAAUUGGAGGAUAAAAAGAAUGAGCUCAUUCAGAAGGUUUUCCUUUUAACCAAUAAAACAAUUUUCAUGCUAAGUGAAAAAAUGAUGAAAUUAAAAAAUGAAAAUAACGCAUACAUGAGCAAGGAGCUGUUAAAAGAGUCCUUGGUGUUUUUGCGAACGUACGCCGACUAUGUCGAUGCUGACCAGUUUUUGCAGCUGUGCCAGGAAAACAGUUUCGCCUCGGAACUGACAGAACUGGCAACUAUUUUUAAGUACGCUAGUUUGAAGAAGAAGAACCUCGAAGGGAAUUAGGACUCGCGUUUGACAUGCUUAUGUGUUAUGUAAUUCGUAUCUUAGUAACAAUUUGUCGUGCUUUCUGCAUAAAAGGAAUAAAUUAUUCCCUUUUUCGUGCGGCCCUUUUUAUAUUUGUUUGUGAAGGAGGCCCACAGGUGGGAGUACCCCCUGGGCUUCCCACAUGGAAGUUUACCAUUCCACACAGCGCAGCUGCGCGAGGGUACAAAAUGGGUGACUUCACUACGCGUCACGUCGCGUCACGUCACUGCACUUAUCUUUGUUUAUUAUUUUUAUUUUAUUUUUUUUGCGCACCGACUGGAGCCUCACCGAAGGUGCAACUUUUUGGUGAUUACACAAUUUUUCUUUUUUGAAAUAUGUAUUCAUGUACAUAUAACACAACACGUGGAUAAAAAAUGGAUAAUUGUUAAUGCUGCUGAAUGGUGAAUUAAAGAGUUUUACCCCCUUGGGGUGUUUAAUUUAGAAAAGGGGAUAAGAAGCCACAGAGGGGGUGUUCGCUACUUGAAUGGGCAGCGAAAAUGGCACGAAUAAGCAGACGCUGCGAAAAUUUUUGUCAUUUCAUCAGACAAAUGAGAAUCCACCAAAUGGGAAAAAAAAAAAAAUUGAGGGAUGCGCUUUAUGGCAACACAUACGUCAGUAUGGUGGACUAAAAUGGGGGAAAAAAAAAAGUAAAAAAGUGGCACUAAUUCAGAUUUAUAGUCUAAACAAAUGUGUGCAUCUUUAAUAUGCAACUUUGCAGGCAUUGCGGCAGAUUUUUUUUCUUCUCUGCUGUGUUGAUUUAGGCAAAAAAGAGGGGAAGGGUUCCAUACCAUCCUCGGUUCAUCUACCGCUUAGCUAUUCAAAUGGUUGUUCGCUUAUUACGUUUUUUUC